CUCACCUUCAAAAUAAGAGCUCCGCCCGAGAAGGGAAUGCGUGUCGACGUCCUUCUGUCACAAAUUAGUAGGUAAUUUAGAGGCAUAUAAGGCUUACAAUAUUGAGUUUGCUUAGUUGUUAGCGAAUAUUUAAUGUAUCCUCUGUAAUUUAUGUUGCGGAACACCCAGGAUAUACUAGAGAAGAUACCCCCCCCCCCCCCGCUCCUCCUGCAGAAGACUGGACAACCGAUAUCUGGAUGAACACAGGGCAAUGUUGUUUGUUUUAUUUAUGAUUUAUGGUUUUAUUAGGUAAUUUCAACUGCAGACCAUUGGCCACUGACAACAAGCCUCGCUAACUGCAUCAUGGUCAACCUCUGCUGUCUCUGCUGCGGUGAAAUCCCUCAACCCCGCCCCCCUCCGUCCUGCCAGUCGGGAGGACCACCACGGGAUCCCCGCUCCGUGCAGCAGCAACAGCAGCCGCAGCAGCAGCAGCCUGCUGGCUUCGGCCCAGACGCUGUGGGGCUGAAGGGGGCACAAAACGGGGGAGCAAACGGAAAGAUAUCUAGAGCAGAGCAUGUGAAUAAGAAGGAGUGAGUUUAUAAUCUCUCUCUGACAUGCGAAAAGUGCAGCAUGCUCUCUCCCGAACUGGACUCUGCGGAGGACACGACGGCCAGCGCUCCCAAUGAUGCUGAGGGAGAGGGGCAGGACCAGGACCAGGACCAGGACCAGGACCAGGAGCAGGAGGAGGAGGAGGAGGAGGAGGAGGAGGAAGACUCACCGGCUGAGAGGGAUGUCCCGGAGGAGCAGCGUCCAGUGAAGCAGUCCCUGGGUGCUUGUGUCUGCCGAGAGUCCCAUUGGCGCUGCCUGCUGCUCUCCCUGCUCAUGUACAGCUGCAUGGGCGCGGUGGCCUGGUGUCAGCUCACCCGGGUCACCAAGAUCAGCUUCAACCCCGCCCUCACCUCCUCCUUCACGGCCUCCUUCACCUCCUCCCUACGGGGGGCGUCUGGGAUGGGCGUUGGUGGACACUCAAUGAUCUACCACGACAGCCCCUGCUCUGACGGCUACAUCUACAUCCCUCUGGCUUUCCUGCUCAUGCUCUAUGUGUUGUACAUGGUGGAGUGCUGGCACUGCAGGGCCAGGAGCGACCUGCAGUGCAAAGCAGAUGUGGACAGCGUGUAUGAGCGUGUGCUGCGGAUGCGGCAGGCCCAGCCCUGCAUAUGGUGGAAGGCUAUCAGCUACCAUUUUGUCCGACGGACUCGGCAAGUCACUCGAUACCGUAACGGGGACGCCUACACCACCACACAGGUGUACCAUGAGAGGGUGAACACGCAUGUGGCAGAGGGAGAGUUUGACUACAGCCACUGUGGGAUGAAGGAUGUAUCGCGUGACCUCAGAGGCUUGGAGGGAUUUCCGGCAACUCGCCUGCGCUUCACCAAGUGUUUCAGCUUCACAGAGGCAGGCCCAGAAAAUGAUUACCUCAACCAGAGAGCCAGGUUCUUCUCUGAGAUCGAGGGAUUGGACGAUUACAUGGAGGCCAGGGAGGGGAUGCAGCUGAAGAAUGUGGACUUCAGAGAAAACCUGAUAGCCUUUGUAGACCCAGACAGGAUGCCUUGGUACACUUCCCAGGUUGCCUUCUGGCUGGCAGCUCUCUUCAUGCUGUCCUGGCCUCUGAGAGUGCUCAUAGAGUACCGCACCGCUUAUGUGCACUACCGCAUAGAGAAACUUUUCGGGUUAGAGUACAGCCAGAGCAGCCCCUCUCCUCUGGAUGAAGACAGGCCUGUGAGGAAUAACACUGUUUGCUCUGUCCCCAGAGUAGACACACUGGACAGCACUGAAAUGGAGUGGCACAUACGCUGCAACCGCCAGGUGAUUCCCAGCUACUCGGAGGCCAUGCUGAUAAACAUGAGCACAGCAGACUCUGUUUCACUACACGACACUGAAUGCACCUCAUCCUCGAACUGCUUCCUGUUGGACAGCAGCCAGACUGCACAGAGUUACGGCGCUCUCCAAAGCCAGGUCGAUUGCGAGCAAUGCAGCGAGCUGACUGGACAAGGAGACGGGGGAGGCAGGAGGAGGACCGUCACAAGCUCCAGCUGCUCCUCCAUCUUCUCCUGCCGGGGAGCACUAUUCCAGUCCCACCUCUCGUCGGACACGUCUCGCCUCUCUCUCUGCCGCAUGUACGGCUCCCAUCGCACUGUGGCUCUGUGGAGGAGCCGCAGCAGCAACCUGACGGACCCCUGCUGCGUGGACGAGCAGUGCUACAGGUCCGACUCCAGCCAGCUAGCCCUCAGUGACAGCCCGCCUACUUAUAGGGACGCUCGGUUCUUCCCAGUUCUCAUUGUACAUCGGCCUGAGGGCUGUGGCAGUGAGGACGGGGGGGAGAUGAGGCGUUAUUAUAUACGGAGAGGGUCGUCCAGUGUGGAGACGGCUCUAUAAAGGACAAACUGACACUGACUGAUAAGUCAAGAUAGAUCAGUAAUAAAGGAUGGAGAUGCAGAGUCGGUCACUGUUGGAUAGACAGAAUUACAUUAAUGAAGAUCUAUGGAGACUAUGUGCUCUUUCAGGAAAUCCCACUGUAAAUAUGAAGCAAAAGUAACAGAUGCAGGUGUGAUGUAGCUGGGACUGCACUGGGACACUGUCACCAUGGCAUUGUCAUACUCUCCUUGUGGUGGCAAGACUCUGUCAUGUGUAUAAGUAAAUGAUAACUGUCAAAAACUGAUGAAGAUGGUGCAUAUAUACCUUUGAUAAAUAACACUGCACGAUCUGAGCAUUCCCACACGUCAUCACUGAUAUUUUUCAAAAAUCAAGGGAAAUUAAAUUUAACCUGUUCUUAUGUCUGUCAAGUAUAUAUGUGGGGGCUACAUCCCACCUAGAGGCAUAUGUAAGAAUGAAAAAAAAGAAAAGCUGCAUGUUUUUACCAAAGGUUUUGUCUUUUAGUUUAUUAAUAGAGAGCAAGGUGAAACCAAAGACAUGAGUAUUCUGUUUUUUGUUUUAUUUAUUAUUAUUUUAGUAAUGAUCAAUGAGAGAUAAGUGGAGUGGAGAAGAUUAAGUGAAGGGUAAUUGCAUUUAAGUAUUUAAUAUCAACUUGUAAGGUAUAUGAAUCUGUUCACUUGUACCUUGUCCGACUGAAAGGAACGUUUUCAAAGUGAAAACACAUAGUGAUAAUAUAAGGAGCAGUCUGAAGACGUAACAUAACAGGAUGGAAUUGCAGGUGAUGUUUUUUUCUCUCUCUCUCAAAUGAGUUGAUUAAAAAUUUGCAAAUCAUACAAUGAA